GCAAACCAUGGUGAACCAGAUGCAUCGCCAUCGUAGCCGCCACCUCGACGGCGUCGAGAGGUUUCACAAGUUUCUUCACUUCUACAUUCGCACCAGGCUUUCUCGGCGGACGCUAGGCAUCGCCAUCCACCAUGGGCUCAGGCGCGACGCCUGACGUUUGCAUGCUCGAGGAGACAGACGAAGCGGUGUCUCGGCGAAAACUCACCCGGCUAGUCUUUUCGUUGGGUGUGCUUGCCUUUGUUGGAGGAGGCAUCGCCGCUGCUGUCGUGCUGGCCCAGCCUUCUGUCGAGUCGUCGACAUUGACCGACGCAAACGUGAACGGCAUCCACAACUCGACCGACGUCUCGAGUCUCAGCAACGCCUCCGACCUUGUGCUUGUACAAGAUAAUGACACUCCCACCAUCGCACCAAGCAACGCAACAAACCCGGCGCCGUCGACUUCAACGGUCGUGCCUUGGACGACUCUGACACCGACGGAGCCGGCUACGACUGUUGGGACGGCACCCCCAACUACAAACCCUCCAACGCAAGUGACAACAACGGCUACACCGACCACGUCCGCCGCUACCGUCGCACCGAUCCAGACUGGUCUUGGUCGAAUAUUAACCAAAGACAUCUUCCUCGCAGCGUUCCCGAAAGCGAACCCGCUCUACAAGUACGAAUCUCUCGUCACGAUGGCAGCGACCAAGUACCCCGAGUUUGCCAACACGGGCGACGAGGUCGCCGACCGCCGAGAAGUCGCCGCCUUCCUCGGCCAUGUCUCCCUCGAGUCGGGCGACCUCCGCUUCGUCGAGGAGCUCAACAAGUCGUCCAUGUGCCAAGCGUCUGCCGAAUUCCCGUGCGCGGCAGGCAAGCAGUACUACGGCCGUGGUCCAAUGCAGCUCUCUUGGAACUACAACUACAAGACGUUUGGCACAGCCGCUGGUGUCGACCUGGUAGCAAACCCCGACCUCGUUGCGUCCGAUCGCGACCUCCUCUGGUGGAGUGCGCUGUGGUACUCGAACGAAGACAAGUGGAACGGAAACAUUCACAAGGCGAUCCGCAGGCCGGGCGGGUUUGCCUACGUGACGUACAUGAUCAAUGGCGGGCUCGAGUGCGGUGUGAAUCCGCCCAACCGCGACUCGGAGAAGAGCCGCAUCGCGAGCUACGUCAAGUUUUGCAACGUGUUUGGGGUUGACCCUGGCGACAAUUUGUCUUGCCAGACGGGAGCAUUUCCCCCUACGUCCCUCUGGACGGACGAUGCCAAGCACCCGUAAGGAUCAUCCAGCCCUUCACUGCGCCUUGGAUCCGAUCCGGGGCACCUGUGAUGGUGGCCAUAACUAAUGGAGUUCGAUUGAAUCCA